AUCGCUCAGUGUGCAACACAAACUAGUGGUUUUUUUUUCCCGCGUUUCAGUAGAUUUUAAUUUAUUUUGUUUCCAAAUGGCCCCACAAAAAUUUGUGAAUGGGCGGCCUUAUAGGAAAACAAAAAACAACAAGAAAGCUAGGAUUAAAAAGAAAUUUCACGCAGAGCGAAAAUUGAAAAAUUAUAUUUCACAACAAUGUGAAGGUUCGGAUUCAAAAUUGUGCGCACCUACCGCAUCUACUUCCGAAUGCGUGCAAUUAACUGUUUCUACAGCAUCUACUUCCGGUGAAUGUGAAAUGUACCAAGAAUGUGCAGAUAAGCGUGCUGACAUCAUUCUCCAAGACCUGCCUUCAUCGCCUACGAAUUCUAUUAAUAGUAGUGGCGUUGAUUAUAAUCCAGCCUUAGAUUGGGUUGGCGUGGAAAUAGACGACGAUGAGUUUCCGCCACUAAUUGUUGAAAAUGAUACCACAAAAAGAAGUUUAGACUCUGUUAUUCAAGGACGUCGGAUUGUCAAUCCAAGCUUUCUUCUUCCUCAACUUGAAGCAGUGGGAAAACAUUCCCUUUCAUGUACAACUGGGUGUCUCCGGUUGCGAAAUGAAUCGAGGAGAGGCCUUCACUGUGUGUGGGAAUAUUACUGCGAAGUAUGUGGGAAAAUCCAAUACGUCACGACAGAUGAAAAAACAGUACAGAACAAACCUGAAAUAAAUACGCUCUUGGUUUGGGGAACGUUAUCAUCUGGUUUAGGAUUUACUCAAAUUCAAGAGGUUAUGGGUGUGUUGGACGUGCCAGUUAUGUCUUCCUCUUGUUUUAGGCAAAAUGAAAAAGAAAUUGGAAAGGUGUGGGAGGAGCACUUGGCACUAAAAAUGAAAAUGGCUGGAGAGGAAGAAAGAAAAAUAGCUAUACAAAAAGGUCAUAUUGUAGAUGGUGUACCAUACAUAACAGUUAUUGGAGAUGGCGGUUGGGCAAAGAGGAGCUAUGGCCAUGGCUACAAUUCUGCUUCUGGUGUGUCGGCAUGGCGGAGGCGGAGGACGACGACGGCGACGUGGCGGCGCCCGGCGCCAAGGAGGUCGCCGUGUGCCCCGCGCCGGACCGGCCGCGCGAGACCUGGGACAAGAAGGUGGAGUUCCUGCUGGCCGUCAUCGGCUUCGCCGUCGACCUGGGCAACGUGUGGCGCUUCCCCUACAUCUGCUACCAGAACGGCGGCGGCGCCUUCCUCAUCCCCUACUGCCUGAUGCUGGUGUUCGGCGGACUGCCGCUCUUCUACAUGGAGCUCGCCCUGGGGCAGUUCCACCGCUGCGGCUGUCUGUCCAUCUGGAGGAGGAUCUGCCCGGCGCUCAAAGGCAUAGGCUACGCCAUCUGCCUGAUGGACGUGUACAUGGGCAUGUACUACAACACGAUCAUCGGCUGGGCCGUGUACUACCUGCUGGCGUCGUUCAGGUCCGAGCUGCCGUGGACGAGCUGCAACAACUCGUGGAACACGGCGCACUGCACCAACAUCCUGGAGCCGCGGAGCAACCGCUCCACCAGCCCGGCGCGCGAGUUCUUCGAGCGCAGCGUGCUGGAGCAGUACAAGUCGGACGGCCUGGACCGCGUGGGACCCAUCAAGUGGUCGCUGGCGCUGUGCGUGCUCUCCGUCUUCAUACUCGUCUACUUCUCGCUGUGGAAGGGCGUGCGCAGCGCUGGCAAGGCGGUGUGGGUCACAGCGCUGAUGCCCUACGCCGUGCUGUUCAUCCUGCUCAUCAGGGGGGUGACGCUGCCCGGCGCGUCGGUCGGCAUACAGUACUACCUCACGCCGCAGUGGCACAAGCUGGGCAACAUGCGGGUGUGGAUAGACGCCGCGUCCCAGAUCUUCUUCUCGCUGGGUCCCGGAUUCGGAACUCUCUUGGCCCUGUCCAGCUACAACAAAUUCAACAACAACUGCUAUCGGGACGCCAUCCUCACCAGCUCCAUAAACUGCCUGACCAGCUUCCUGGCGGGCUUCGUCAUCUUCUCCGUGCUGGGCUACAUGGCGCACGUGCAGAACAAGAGCGUGGAGGAGGUGGGGCUCGAAGGUCCCGGCCUGGUGUUCAUCGUGUACCCUGAAGCCAUCGCCACGAUGACGGGCUCUGUGUUCUGGUCCAUCAUCUUCUUCCUCAUGCUCAUCACUCUGGGGCUGGACAGCACGUUCGGCGGGCUGGAGGCCAUGAUCACGGCGCUGUGCGACGAGUACCCGCGCACCCUGGGCCGCCACAGGGAGCUGUUCGUGGCGGCGCUGCUUCUCGCCAUCUACAUCUGCGCGCUGCCCACCACCACCUACGGCGGCGUGUACCUGGUGAACCUGCUGAACGUGUACGGCCCGGGCAUCUCCAUCCUGUUCGUGGUGUUCGUGGAGGCGGCGGGCGUGUGCUGGUUCUACGGCGUGGACCGCUUCUCGCGCGACGUCGAGAAGAUGAUCGGCCACCGGCCCGGCAUCUUCUGGCGCGUGUGCUGGGGCUACAUCAGCCCCGUGUUCCUGCUGGUGAUCUUCAUCUUCUCGCUGCUGGGCUACGAGGAGAUGCUGACGGGCGACUACGUGUACCCGGCGUGGAGCAUCAGCGUGGGCUGGGUGCUGACCGCGUCGUCGCUCGUCUGCAUCCCGCUCUACAUCGUCUACAAGUUCGCCAUCACGCCCGGUUCCUGCGUGCAGAGGGUGAAGACCAUCAUCAGGCCAGAGAACACGUCAGAGGAGACAAGACUGAAUGUGAACUCCAGCUACGGUACGGGCACGCACGUCUGACUUGACAGCAGCGCUUCAGCGGUGGAGCUGAGAACUAGGGAGACCGAGUGGCUGGUGUGACUUCUGGUGCGGGCUGCCUCGCUGAGCUGUCAGUGACUGUCAGAGAGCCGUGUCCUGUGUUCCCGGGGCUAGCCCCGCGUGCGCGCGGAUUUUCAACAGUUUCUACAUGUGUACCGACUGUCUUCGGACUUUCCAGUUGAGCUUCGUGUGCUUUGUAUGAAUCAAAGUGUUCUUUCACAUCAUGCUUUGUGGCUUGUGAAACUAUGCUUAUCAAAAAUCUAUAUCUAUGCUCUUGAUACUUUCAUUUCUCUUAUAUGGAAAGUUAUAAAAAUAUGUUUGUGUGAUAUAUUUUUAUGCUAUUUCUUUGAAAAUAUACAUCAAUACGAGAUAAUAAUGCAACAAUGUACUUUAAAUUGUCGUCGAUGGUUUCAGUUUGUGUCACCAAACCUCCUAAAUUGUAUCGGUAAAUUAUACAAGAAGGAAUAUACAGGCGUUUACUAGCAGAGAAAGAAGAACACGUUAUCAGCUUUAUUCUUGUUCUCAAAGCAUGUUCUCUGGGACUUCUAUUUCAAAAUAUAUGAAUAUAAUUAUGUAUAUUAUUUGUUUCUGUUAUCGCUUAUAGCAGUCGUCUUAAGCACAUCUAUAGUGAACAUAUGUGUCAAAGUUAUUACGUUAAGUUAUUUAUGUGAUUGUAAAUAUGUACUCAAUACUAUUAUUCAAAGUGUUCAGCGGUAAUAUCUAGAUAGUAGAUAAUCGAUGUACUGUGUAUUUUAUGAAACAGAAAGACAUCAUGUCUUCGACAAGAAUUAUUAGCACAAUCAAAAUGCACAUAGAAAAUAUUUUGUACUUAUGUGGUAGUAACUAUUUGUUUCCUGUAACCAAUUGUAAACAUGUACAAUUUAUUUCUGUAGUUUCUUAAAUGUAGAUCAAUUCUGUAACCUACCGAUUUAUUUGGGAAUAGAAAUUUUACGGCAAGCCUUUAUAUAAAUUCUGUGUAUAUGAUAAAUUAGUUUUGAGCAUAAAUUAUUGUAUGAAAUAAUGUCACUGUAGCAUAAUUACGGCAUAGGUUUCAAAAAGCUCUAUAGGUACAGCUAUUUCAAAUAUAUUAGUUCAUUUUCGUGCAAACAACGACGUUAGUCAAUGUGUUAAUGUAGCUAAGUGGAACUAUUGAAUAUAGUAACACAGUAUAGUCUGUAUUCCGAUGUUAUGCUUUGGUCAUCGCUUCUAACGAGCUUUAGAAGAAAUUAUUUAAGCGAGGAGUGUCUAUAAGUAUGUUUUUCGCUCAUAUUAAUGUUAAAAAUUCUAUAAAUUAUUGUGAUAUACUCAAAUAUUAAUCUUGAUACAUGCACGUCAUAAUAUAUAUAUAAGCAUCAUUAUUUCAGCAGACGUGUGAGUGUUUCAGUGAUUUUUAUCUCAUUAAUGUGUGCUUUUUGUAAUUAUAUACUUGGAUGUAAAUCAGAAUAUAAGGAUAAGUUUUUUAACGUGUAUUAAAAUGUGUAUGUUGUACAUACUUUUAAGCAUUCUUGAGUAGGUAAUACAAAGCUUUAUAAGCAAAAGUGUAUUUAUCCAAGAUUUGUAAGUAAUGCUAAAGUACGGUUGAUUUUAACUGAUAAAGCUAAAACCAUUAGCUUGAAUACCUGUCGAUGUAAGUCAUUUAAAAGCAUCAAUGUAAACUUAGCAAAAUUACUAUUGGAUCUAGAAAAUUCGCAUGUACGUAUUAAUAAAACUAAAGAUGAAUAUUUUCUGGUAGGUUUGAACUCUUUUGGGAGUUAGGAGAUUGGGGUUUUUAAAAUGCUAAGAAGUAACUCUAAAGUAUUUUUGUGGACGAUAUGGUAAACGGCGCAAGUCUUGUAAAGCUAUGAUGUACUUGUACAUAAUGUUAAGAAAAUGUAUGUAUGUUUGUAUAUUUUACUUAAGCGUUAACUAGAAGAUUAUAUAUUUGUUAAUUCAUAACAUGUACUUAAAAAUGCUAUAAAAUUGAUGUUGAAGCAUUUUUAACAUGGUGUAUCAAAAGUCAACAGCGAACUGUAUUAUUCAGAAGAAGAAUUCCUUUCACAGAGCACGCACAAGAGUCUAACUUAUAGCACCUGAAAUUUAUUGGUGUAAGUUUGGCCUUCACAAAUAAAUGGUGGCUGAAAGUUUUACAUUAGAAAUGGCUAUAAAUAAUGGUGUUAUAAUUGCAAAUACAGUUAUUACGUGCUCACUGUAAGAAGGUACGUAAAAUGGACAUUCACCUAAUGUAUAUUUUAUUGUGCUAUAAACUAACUGUUUAAGCUGCGUCAACUCUUUUUGCACAUAGAUGGAUGUCAGUACCUGUUUCGACACAAUACUUUGCCAAAAUGGCAUAUAUGAUAUUUGAUGAUUCCAUAGAUGGCACAGAGACAUUGUGAAUCUUGAUAUUUAAAUGUACGCAGCACACAACCAACAGUGGUGUUCGUUUGUUGUUAGCAUUAAGCAGUUUAACCAUUUAAAGUGUUAGGAAAAAUAUGUAUGUAGUAGAUGCUUUACAAUCAUGUGUAGUUAGGCAAUAAUAGAAUUUUUAUGUUUGUAAUACCGACAGUCUAAGGGGCCUAAUAAUUUAAGUAAAUUCUGUAAGAGGUUGAUCCCAGUAGUUUGUAUAUAUAGCCUGGAAUGGCACCAUGGUGUUUCGCAAUCUACUUUCUCAAAACAAUAUUUAACCAUUUAAUUAUUUGAUGAGAAAAUUAUUAUUUUUAUUUUUUUUUUUGGACACAAAUAGAUUUUAUACUUUUGGCAUGGAGGGCAAGUAGUAUUAACAUUAGUUUCAUCAGAUAUUUACAAUGAUGCAACUUGUGUUUUCAUUUCAAUUUGAUAUGAACUUUUAUUGAUGUUGUUAAUAAUAAAUGCCGCCCAAUCAAAAUAGUUAGGUUUCUUCAUAAGAUUUAUUUGUUUGUAAUUGCAAUUUUUAGCAGCCACUAGUACAUUUAACCAUUAUGUAGGCCUAUAUACACUCCUAAUUUUCAAUAUGAUAUAAAGCAAAUUUAAUGCACUAUAAGUGACAUAACCCUAAUUUAAGAUGUUGGAAACAGUUAAUUCUACACUGUGAUAGGCACUUUAUUCUGUACACUUUUGAGUUAUUAUAACAGUAACCAUUACAUAACAGGCUUCUCGAUGCUUUUCAUUGUUGGCUAGAUUACGAUGUGCAGAUUUAAACCAAUAAGUGCAGCAAGAAGUAUCCUCUGUCAACACGGCAGAAUGACACAUUAAAAGAGCGCAUUUGUUUAAAUUAAUAACUGUUUUAUAAUUAAUAUAACCUAAACAUAUUUAAGUAUCAACAUAGUAAAAUAUAUAAAGUAAACAAUGCUAAGCAGCUAACAUUAUAAUAACCAUUUUAAUACAAGUUAUAAUAAUUAAUACAUUUUACUCAAUCAUUUAAUUAAAUAAAUGGUAUGUGAAACCUCAAAAAAAAAUGUUACGUGUUGUAACACUAAUUAUGUUUUAUUAUAAGAUAUUUAGGUCCCUCUUAUAUUUUCUUCAUAAUCCAUAGUUAUGAUUGGUAACACAGAAAGCGCUCUUCUGAUUGUUUAAGUAAUUUUUAAAUGUAGUAUUUCUAUGAAUCUUGAUAAGGACGAGCGUGUUUUUGCCAGAGCUGAGAUAAAUCUGUCAUGUGUUCUACUCGCGUUUCACGGGUUUGUGUGUUGUCGUCACUGCCUUUGUCAACUAUAUACUAUAAACCCUAACCUAAAUGUAUAUAAAAACAUGUCUGUCACUUAAAAUUCAAGUUGAUAAACAACUUUUCAUCAUAAAGUAUAUUUAAUGUACGUAUUGUGAAACACCUGCAUUAACACUGACAAUAAUACUCACUACAGUAUUUUUGCGAUUUCUGUACUGGCAGUUGAUUUGAUAUUAUAUUUUUGAUAGUAGAAUAUUCAUUUUAUACUAGUUGUGCCAUACGUAAAUGAAUACUAUUAUUCAAUGGAUGAAUUUGUACAUCAUGUUACUUGAAAAUAUUCAUACAUAAACACACAAUAGCAAUGGUUUUAAAUUCCAUGAACUUUUUCAUUACUUCCAACAUCCUCUUCCACAGAUUUUGCAAAUAAACAUCAAAAUGUAAAGAAUUAUUAGCAGGGUUGACCUGCAUCCAGGCAAAAUCGUUCAACUUCCUGUCGUGUAUCUAAUGCGAAUGCUGGUAAAAAAUGUAGAAUAUUUAUUGCAGUUUAUUUAGGAUAGAACUCAGUUACUUUAUUAAACAAGCAUGUUUAGAGAAAAUUUAAUGAUAUUAGCAAAAAAUUGUAAGUGUUUUGUGGUAACAUAUUUUGUGGUGUGAAAUACAUUGUCAAGUAAACUGGAGAGUUGAUUGAGCGGCCAAUUACGUUUUUGGUUAAACACUUAGUUCAGACUUACCGGUACCCUAUAAUAUUAUGGAAAGUUAGGUUUAGCCUUUUGAUUAAAAAAAUUAUGUUCCAUGUGUCAAUUUUCAUUAUUGACAACAUGAAUAUAGUUCAUCAACCAAGUUCAAAUAAUUUUCGAGUUUCAUUAUUGCCAACCUUUGUAUACUGAAAAAUUUCCUAUUACGGUACGCUUCUGUUUGUAACAAAUUAUUUUAUACUAUAGUAAUGUAUUACAGUGCGAUAAUUUUACAUAGGCUACGAGUGUGAAUUACAGAAACAUUCUAAAUACGUACCUACAUAUGGGAUAACAAUAACAAUUCAACCAAGAUAAUAAUUAAAUGAAUGGAUAACGAGCUAGGAUUUUACUUGAUUGAUGAAGUUACUUAGUACAAGUGUUACAUGAUGAAGUUACUUAGUACAAGUGUUACAUUGUUUUCUCUUGAAUUUAGACCACCGCAAACAUGUUAACAGUGGCUCAAAAUCCGCUACCAGUUUGCUGUAACUUAGUGCCUACUUGACCCAUCACCAACAGCCAGGGAUGGGUCGAGAACUAUUGUAAUUCAUAGAGUUAUCAGAAUACAAUAAAAACAAUCUGUCUGUUUUGCUGCAGCAAAACCACUUUCUUGCAGCAUGCAUACAAAUUGUGCGCUAAAUGUUUUGUGAGUGUUUUUAAAAAAAAUUAGAAAAAUAAAACUAAUGUGUUGAG